UUUACUGGCCGAUACAAAGGAUAGGGGGAGCCAAGGCUCGGGGCUGCUGCUGCUGGGGGUGGCUGCAGGGGAAGAAGAAAGAGCAGCAGGAAGGCGGAGAGAGCCGGGGCAGCAGAGGUGGGAUAGCACCGCCGGGACAUCCAGGGGCUCAGCCGGGGGGAAAGCCCGGUGACUGGGGAGGGUGGUUGAGUUGCUGAGCUGAGGACAGCGUGCACACCGCGGGGCUGCUGCUGUACAGCACAAUGGGUCCCUGAGCCGUGCCAUGGAGAAGAAGGCUGGGGAGGAUGACUGCGAGGACUCGGGAGCAGAGACCGGGGGGUCAGACUACAGCCGCAUGUCCUCUACAAGUAGUGAGCUCUCUGUAGAUGAUGCCCAGGACCCAUUCCUUGUCAGCAUUCAUAUUAUUGCCGACCCCGGUGAAUCCAGAUCUCUCCAAGGUGCCAUUGAUAAACUCCUGGCAUGGAUCCACCCUGAUCUGCAGCUGUUCCGUGUCUCUGAAAGAAGGACUUCCAAGAAAAAGAAGCAGAAUAAGGGCUUUUUAUCCCAACCGGCCCUGGCAGUCAUUUUAUUUUUGCAAGAAGAGUAUGGGGAAGAGCAGAUCUUACACCUCUACGACUGCUUCCGGAAACCCCCCUGGCAGUUCCAUCACACGGAGCGCGUCCACGGCAAAUUCCUCCCUUAUAUGCCAUGUAACCAAGACUUCUUUACCUUGACAAACGGAACCCCAUUGUGGGCCAUCCGACAAGUGCAUUACGGGAAGGAAAUUAUACGCUUUACUAUAUAUUGCAGUUAUGAGAACUUUGAAGACAUGACGAAAAUGUAUGAACUUAUUCUGAAAAAAUCUCUUUGGAAGAAGAAAGCUGAUUUUUGUGUCUUUCCAGUCUACUCCAAUAUGGAUAUAGACAUUGAGUUUUCCUUAAAGAGACUACUUAAGGGUCAGCCCCCAGUGCCUCUUGAGUCCUCAUUACUGGAGUUUAGAGUAAAAGACUUUGGACAACUUAUUCCUCUCUUGCCCAACCAGUGUAGCCCAAUUAGUGAAGGCAGAUGGCAGACCGAAGACCAUGAUGGCAAUAAAAUACUGUUGCAGCAGGUUCACCGCUUGACCAGGAAAUCAGUCUUGAAACAUCAAAGCUAUUUAUCUAGAAACCUGGCUGGGACUCCAAUCUUCAGCCGCAUUCCUCCCAGCCAUAGAAACAAAUGUGACCAGAAGAAGAGGCACCUGAGCAAUGGUCAGCUUCCAGGACUUGGUGUCUCUCAACAAGACUUCCCACAAAUCCAUGUGGAGACUACUUACCGUUCAACCCAGAGAACCGCCGCGCAAUGGUUCCAGCGAAGCAAGUCCCUGCUGUGCUUGCCAACUCUGAGCUCUUUCCCAUCAUGUGAAUCUUUCCCCUUCAGCGAGCCCCAACACUUCUCUAGACAUGAACCUCAAGUGUUUCAGACGCCAGGGUGGCGAAGCAACUGCCGAAUCAACAUCGAUGACCUGGAGGGGGUUCAAGAGACUGAUGUGGACACAGGAAUGAAGCUAUCCAGCUCAGACCUGUCUGUUGUGUCUGCAUAUUCACCUCUAGAUGGGUUGUCCGCUGACUUAGAAUCUUCUCUUCCUUCCCGCAGAGAAGCUGACUCCCAAAAUGACCCAUCAGCUUCAAGGAAUAAGCUCUGUGAGCUUUCAUAUGAGUCACUUAAUUCUGUUUCUGGAAGGUCUUCCCGCUCCAUGUUCCCCAGUGUAUCAGGUUCUGGUUCGGUGACUGAGUCACAGAAAGACAUUGACAACCAUUACCAGAAAUCUGUGGAGAUCACCAAGCAUCUGACUGAGACCGUGAGCACCGAAGAGGAAGAAUUUUUUAUCUGAUCUUUCACUUGGCCGAGUCUCGCUGUAGCAUAAUGUAUGUGUAUCAAUAUUCAUCUAGUGAGACAUCCGAUUAGAACAGCUUAUAUCUGUAGUGUUUUUCCUAAUCCUGUUUCUUAGUAUAUGUUUAGCUCAAGGAGAUAUACUAUAGAGAAGGUUUCUUAACGUUUGUGCCGUUCAGUGUAAAGUGACUGAUGUGAAGAACAAAAAAAAGACAGUAUUUUUAAUAAGAUAUCUGCUCGGAAUUUAAAUUAUUUGGACAAGUUUCGCAAUGUGAGCUGAGAAUAGCACAGAUAACACAGUGGGUAACAGGCCAGUGAACUGUUACAUAGAUUGUGCCUUAUUGUGUUACGCUAACUGUAGGAUUUAAGUGUAAUGGGGAUCUAUCGUUGAAUUAACAUUUCAUACGUAGAAACAACAUAAACCGUUCUGCAAUGUGUAUAUAUAUAUAUAUAUAUAUAUAGAGUCUAUGCAUAGCGGAAGGGGUCAUCUUUCCUUUUUUUUUAGUUUAACUGUCAGUCUGGAAGAAGAGCGAGCCGAUAAAAUAGUCACUGACCAAGUUGAAUGCAUGACCUUUGUUUCAUAUACACCCACUUUACACACACGUUGCUCAGUGAGGCGCAUUCAGGUGCUGUCGGAAAGCAGCUAUUGGGGGUCAUUCAGGGUCUGAACUGCACAUGCGUGCGGGCUGCAAUGCGCAGGCGCGCCGCUGUCCGGCGACGGCUGUCGCCGAGCAGCGACGAAAAGAACGAAUAAAGCGUUUGCAGCGGCAAACGCAAAAAGAUUGACAGGAAGUGGCCGUCCAGGGGUGUCAACUCACGGUUUUCUGGGAGUGGCCAGGAAAAUGCAGGCGUGCCUGCCCGUUUCCAGGGAGGGAUCCUGGCGUCUGCUCCAGCAAGGAUCAUCGCAGCGGCUGAGUAAGUCUUGAGCUGUACAGAGACUGCUCAAACAUUUUGUUUGUGCAGCUCUCUGCACAAGCGAACGCACCACUGCAUUACCCUCUCCCCUGUAGGCGGCGAUUACCUGGUCGCAGCAGUGCAAAAAAUAGCCUGCGUGCGACCAGGUCUGAAUUAGGCCCCUUUUAAGCACAUUGGCCAAAGUUUUCUUACUGUGCAUGCGUAUGAGUGGCAGUGUGCACAAAGUGAAUUACUAUAGCGGCCGUAACUAGGAAUUAGUCGCAAAGUGAGUGACAGGAUGACAGUGUUUGGGGGUGGUAACGGGGAGUGGUCGGACAAAUGCAGGUGUGUCAUGGCCGUUCAAAUUAGCAGUUGUGAUCUCACUUGCUACAGGAGAGCCCUCUGCGUCCCGGGAGAGCAACUCAGCCAGUGCAUCCUCAGAGGCACUCAGACUCUGCUACAUGUUCCAAUUUGUGACGAUGGUUCCGAUGUAUCGGCAAUUAUACGCUGUUGGACAUUAAUGAUGCAACAGCAGUGGGCGUCCCUAUGAUCAGGUUAGUUUCUGCCCAUAUUAGCAUAUUAUCCCAUUUGCUUACAGCAAAAGAUAGCAACAGCAGCAGCAAGAACAACCACACCUAAAUGAGCCUCAAAAUGCAGCAAAGUUCAUAUAUAAAGAUAGGGGCACAAUUCCAUAUUGACUUUAGGGUGUCGGCACCUGUGGGAUUAUUUUUUAGGUCUGCUGUGUUUCCACAUCUGACCUGGGCUUGCCAUUAAGCAAGAUUCUAUUUAAUCAGUACAUUUAUACUGAACACACAGGGCAUCUUUAUUACUUAUCGGAUUCUAGACCUGAUAAUUAACAUUUCGUAUUGCGGCUUUUGACAGCAGUAAGAAAUUGUUCACUAGAAAGUAUUGAAAAUCGGAACCCAUCCCUGCGAUGUGUUAGAUGUUAGCGAUCACUUCUUCGGGACCCCACGAUGCCACUGCGCAUGCGCAGUCUGCUGAUCAUGCAUGCGCGGGCGGCCAUUGCUAUCUCCCAGUAAAUGCCGCGGAAUGUAGCCCAUAGGCUACAAUGGUGUCGGCUGUCGGGGUCAUGCUCUGCAUUUUGGAGUAUGGUAACUUCGGCAAUAAAGCAGCCUCCAUAGAAACCUAUUGGGGCGGCUUAUGCGGUCAAAUAUGGGAAUACAGUAUAUCUGAGAUCUCUGCUGCGGACCCCUGUACAUACAUUUGAGAUAGUUCGUAUUUGUGGGUAACCCCCAGAAAUGGAUGUUUUGGGGGAUAUACCGCAAAUAUGAAUUGCUAAUACAUGGGGGGUGCUGGUUGCUCCCAGGUGUCGCCCUUGGAGGUGGUGACACUAAAAUGCCACCCCGACAGUGACAGGAGCCAGGUGCUGCAGUGUGACAUUCUCUUGCAGCGCCCGGCUGCUGCCACGGAGAAGGAGCCGCAUUGCAGGCACAAGUCUCUGGGGCAGCCCAACAUUUCUUAGGCAGCCUCCAGAGUGAUGUAAUCAAGGGGGCUUCCUGCUAGGCCAGACCCCCUCCGUGUGAAAAUCAGGGGCCUCCUGCAUGGCCACGUUGCUUUUGUGGGAGUACUAUUGGUGACACCCGAUGCCGCCACUGCAUUUAGUCACCACACUUGCAGUGGGUGCAAAAGAUCCGCUUUAAACACACCUAGCGCACUCCCAUGAGAUGCAUCUGCCCCAGAAAUGCCCAUUUCACGCAAGGCUAAUAAGCCCGCCUGACAUGAAACUGGUAUAGAGCUCCUUGUCACUGCGGACGCUUUAUGUGACGCAUGUGCAGACCGUGUGUGCUGAUUUUGAUAAAUGCGAAGUGUGCAAGAAAUCACAAGAUAAAUCCAUUAUGCACUUGUCUGGCUCAAUAUCAAAAAUACACUCCUUCCAAAUCCUGCCAUCCAGAACUCUGUUUCCGUCUUCCAGUCUCUUGCCCCUUUCUGCUUGGUGCAGGGUACACACAACAUUGGGACGAUUUGACGUUUCCAGCGGAAUUGGAAUGACUAAUCGGGCAUAUCGCUCAGUGGGGUUCAGUAUGAAAAACCGCUUGUCAGAAUGCUGGUGGUCACAUGACCAACAGCGGCAUCCCGACAAUGAAGAUCCUGACGUUGGAAGGGGUAAGUAUAUUUACCAACCCUCCCCUAUGUCUAUCCCACCCCUCUAUUUGGGCCUUAACCCUAAAAGGUACCACAAUACUUACCUUAGGGAUAUCAGCUGCUGUUGUUCCGGCGCCAGGGUCCUGAGUGGUGUUGAGAUUUCGGCGUCUGUCACAAACAGUGGGAUGCUAAACGCAUCCUGCUCAGUGUGUUUGCCCAAUAUGUGGGUGUCGCCCAGUCGACCUUGCUCACAGCCAACCGGGCCGACACUAGCAUCCGUGGCAUGUGUAAUGAAGGAAGGAGCGAUAUGUAGCUCCGACCUUCAUUACAUCUUUCAAUGUGUGCCCCAGUGUGCACCCAGCUUUAGAGCGUUUAGAUUUGCUAUGCAACCAUGCCCCAUAUAUUUUGUCUGUUUCGAUUUAGAGCUUCCAGGAUUAUACACAGUAUCUCAAAUGUAGAUUUUACUACUGACCUAUUACCAUGACCUCCCUCAUCCUGGUACUGUUACUGCUUCCCAUACAAUUGAAUACGGGGUGCUCUCCAAUGCUUGACGUACACACAUUCUCUGUGGAAACCCAUUUAAAGUGAGGAUACAUAGCUAUCAAUGCCCGGAGAGUGAAGUAUGAUAUAAUAUACAUGUAAAAUAAUAAAUAUUGACGGGUCCACUGUAAUUGCGUAACAAUACAGCGGUUGAUGAUGGUUGCUAUAUUUUUGUAUGUAUUGAGUCUUCACACAGUAAAAAUUCAUCUCUUAUGCAGUAAUUUAUUUCUUUUUGCCUCUCUGAGCAAAGUACAAGGAAUAGAGCACGCUGUCCUUGAUAUUCCAGGUUAAUCGAGUUUUUUUCUUUAUAAAGGCUGGGUGUACCUGACUUGGUGUCUUUUAUGAUGGGGAUCAGGUUAAAGCUUUCCACAUAUAGGGGCUAAUUCAGUAAGGAUAGCAAAUUCUGCUAAUCAGCAGCAUGCUGGGGUCCGCCCAUCGCUGGGCAAAGCAAAUUAUUGAUGCCUCCUGCCGCAACCGCAGGAGACCCGGCGCCAUCUUACCCAUCGCAGCGGCUGCGUGUGACAUCACGCAGCUGCCGCAGUCACGCUCCCAUUUGUGGCCCACCGUUCACGUCACUCCACCCCCACAACGCCCAGUCUCCUCCCUGGAAACAGAGUGUUGCCUCCCGCCACCGCCUCUGCCUGAUUGACAGCCAGAGGUGAUCGCAUUUUCUGCGCGUCCCCCCCCCCCCAGAAAGUGCGGGCACAUGUGCAGUAAGGGUGCUAUGCAUGUGCCCGCGGGCUGACCGCAAAAAUUCCAGUUGGAUCGCGAUUUGCAAUCCAACCUGAAUUCGCCCCAAGACUUGAGUUAAGCAAAAAAAGGAGCAAGUAUCUAUGCACCUUGGUAAAACUAAACUGCAUUACUAGUGGGUCAGGAAUAAAAUGUGCAGAGAGAUAUAGAUAUGAGAGGGGCAUGUCCAAACUCAAGUAUAAGUUACGGUGUAAAAAUAAAGCUGCCCAGCAUUUGUGGGCUUCAUGCUAAAGCAGCCAGUAUUUACCCAGCAUGCAAGAAUAAUAAAUGUAUCUGCUCCCCCAUGGAAAAUCUGGUUGUAGUCUGACUGUAUCAGUGUGUAUGCGAGCCAAUACAGUAAGAACAUUUGAAAAAAAAUAAAAAAUUAUACUUAAUGUUGGCUUGAAAAGUAAUUCGAAUGACAGAACGACAUAGUGAUAGAAUCCCGUUAGCACUUAACCAAGAAAAUACUAUUGCCUUAUUGAACAUGAACUACGUUUAACCCUUUUUGAAGCACGGUGCCUUUGUGUACAGCUGGGUUAAGAAUUUAUGCAAUUAACAUGAUGUAAAGAACUAAAAGAUAUAUGCAGUGUGUUGGUAGUUGCUGCUCCAUAGCGGAUAUUCUUCUAGUAGAAUGAAGUACAGCAGCUCUGUGACGUUUGGUAUCAUCCACUGAGUAGCUGCGGCAACCAAAAAUGUUUACUAAUAAAAGUAUAAGUGAUAACCUC